CCCCAUCCUCCCCUCUUUUUGCAAUGGCUGCACAUGUAGUCCUUUUAGUUUGUUUCUAACUUCUGUGCACUCCAGGCGACUCAUUUCGCGUCUCAGCCGUGCCGCAAGGUACCAUGAGGCGACUAGCAGCGCCAGUAUUGGUGCUCGCCUUUAUAGGCGUCGCUAUCGCAGACAUCAAAAUAGGCGGACUUCUCGAGGCGGGUGAAGAUAUCGUAGAAAUGGCGUUCAACAGCGCCGUUGAAAGAAUCAAUACCCAUGGAUUGGCUGAGCCAGGAGAACGCUAUACCCCGACCUCAGAUCGUUUACUGACUAGAGUAGAACACAUAGAAAGAUCGGACUCUUUUCAAGCUUCUAGGAAAGUAUGCACAUUGCUAGAAGAGGGGGUUGCCGCCGUCUUUGGGCCGCAAUCUACCGACGCAUCGUUCGCGGUGCGUUCGGCUUGCGAGACUCUAGACGUCCCACACAUCGAGACUCAUUGGGACUACAGAUCCCGUACUACUAAUCACUCCCUGAACCUGUACCCUCACCCCUCAGCUUUAGGGAAGGCCUAUCUCGACUUUAUUAAGUAUAAGGACUGGAAAAACUUCGCCAUUCUCUACGAAGAGAACGACGCACUAGUGCGUUUGCAAGAGAUACUGAAGGACGCUACACUGAUGAAGGAGAACCGAGUGACGGUGCGUCAAUUCGAACCCGGAACCGAAUACCGAAAAACCCUAAAAGAUAUCGGCAAGACUGGAAUCAAGAAUAUUGUGCUCGAUGUACCGAUAAAGAGUCUCUACACGGUGCUUAAGCAUGCGCAGCAAGUGGACAUGAUGUCCGAAUACCAUAACUACUUCAUCACUUCGCUGGACGCGCACACCAUAGAUACAGAGGACUUCCAAUAUGGCGGGACGAAUAUAUCGGCUUUUCGUUUGAUCGACUUCUCAUCGAAAGAAAUCGAUGAAGUCGCUCGCGAUUGGAUCCAACGUCGGCAUAGGUUCUCUAGUAAGAAGUCUUCAUCGGUACAGAGUUUCAACACCGGUGACCAAGAUUUCUACAAGAAUCUAACGACCAAAGUAGCACUGAUGUACGAUGCUGUGAGGCUGUUCGCCACUGCCCUGAAGGACCUGCACCCCGACACCGGCCCCAAGAUUACGGUUCAACCACUGUCGUGUGAAAGGGAGCACAAAUGGUCGCAGGGAAACGCAUUCGUCAAAUACAUGCGGAUGAUCAACAUCAAGGGCCUGACAGGCAACAUCCGUUUCAACAAAGACGGCCAUCGUACUGACAUGCGACUCACAGUACUGGAUAUGGCCCAUUCCGGCUGGCGAGAGGCCGGAGAAUGGACGAUGCUCGGUGGCAUCAACAUCACUACAAACUACACCAGAGAGCUUGAAGAGGCAAGAUUGUCUCUCCUCAACAAGACCUUGGUUGUCACGACAAUACUGCAACCGCCUUACGUAAUGUAUAAAGAAAAGUGGAGGGAGCUCGGGCUCACGGGGAACGACAAAUACGAAGGCUACUGUAUAGAUUUGCUCGACUCCAUUGCUUCCUCGGAACACUUCAUCAACAACAUGAAGUAUGUUAUCCGCGAAGUUGCAGACCACAGCUACGGCGGGAGAGAUGCCGAUGGCCGAUGGAAUGGCAUGAUCGGCGAGCUACUUAAUGGAAAAGCGGACUUGGCAGUGGCAGAUCUGACUAUAACGUAUGUCCGUGAAGAGGCCGUGGAUUUCACGAUGCCCUUCAUGACUUUGGGGAUUUCGAUCCUCUAUAAGAAAACUGCGAAACCCCCGCCCGGACUCUUUUCAUUCCUGGAUCCGCUUUCGCUCGAGGUCUGGAUCUACAUGAUGACAGCAUUUCUCGGAGUAUCUUUAUUCCUGUUCGUGCUUGCGAGAUUCUCGCCAUAUGAAUGGGUAAAUCCACAUCCUUGUGAAGGAAACCCUGAGGAACUGGACAAUCAAUUUACAAUAUGGAAUACGCUCUGGUUCACUAUCGGAUGCCUCAUGCAACAGGGCUGCGAUGUAACACCUCGAGCUCUUUCGACUCGGGUGGCAGCCGGCAUGUGGUGGUUUUUCACUUUGAUCAUGGUCUCUUCCUACACCGCCAACUUGGCUGCGUUCCUCACUGUGGAACGUCUUGUAUCUCCCAUUGAAAGCGUUGAAGAUCUGGCGAAACAGACAACCAUUCAGUAUGGAUGUCUUAGGUCUGGCUCCACACAAUCCUUCUUCAAAGAUUCACAAUUCCCAACAUACGCUAAAAUGUGGCAUGUAAUGCAAUCUCAGCGACCUACAGUAUUUGCUGAGUCAAACCAGAAGGGCAUCGAUCGCGUCUUAAGGGGAAAGUAUGCUUACCUGAUGGAAUCCACUUCGAUCGAGUAUAAUAUUGAAAGAAACUGCGACCUCACGCAGAUCGGCUCUCUGCUCGACAAUAAGGGCUACGGCAUCGCUACUCCUCCGGGGUCCCCCUACAGGACCAUGUUAUCACAAGCCAUCCUUCGGCUACAAGAAAAUGGUGACCUCCAUGUGCUCAAGGAGCGGUGGUGGAAAAAGCAGCGAAUCACUAAAAAGUGUCCGAAAGAUAUUAUCAACAAGGGGACCUCUGCCAUGACCGUGGCGUCCGUCGGGGGUGUGUUCAUUGUGCUACUCGUGGGUUCAUGCGUCGCUGUCAUCUCUGCAAUCAUCGAGUUCAUUUGGCGGGCUAAAAAGAUCGUUCCCGAGGAGCGGGACCCGCUAUGCGUCGAACUCUGCAGAGAACUUAAGUUCACAUUGACUUGUGGCAGCAAAAAACCGCUGGCACGCCCCCGUUCGGAUGAAAACCUCGCCAUCGCCGCAACAGAUAAUGGCAUGCCGUUCAUGCCAAUUACGGGGUUUGGGCUCCACAACAAGAACACCUUUUCCUGA